AUAUUCCUUUUAAAAAACUUUGUAGUCCUAUUUUGGAGCCUUUCAAGUGACACCUAAACACACCACCAAAUACUUCAUAUUUUUCACUUUCUUUCCUUUCUCAUUCCUCUCUCACUCUUUUCCUUUCUCCUUUCUUCUUCUUCUUCACCUUCAUCCAUUUCCUCCACUCCAUUACCAUCUUCUCUAAUCUCUCUCCUUUGUAAAAAACCCUAAAUCCCCAAUACUUUAUGCUCCCCUCAUCUCCACUUCCAUUAUCAUACCCACAAUUUCAUUCCACUUUAUUUUUUCUAGAUCUCCUCAAUAUUUUCAUCUUAUUCUUUAUUACUCUAAUUACAACAUAACUUAAUCUUUUCACUAAUUCUUUUUAUCUGUCUAACAUGGACCGUCGGAGUUGGCCUUGGAAGAAGAAAUCAUCCGAUAAGUCGGCUGCAGAGAAGGUUAUUGCUACAUUGGAUUCUGUUGCUGGGGCAUCUUCGGCUUCUGGCGGAUCUCAUCCAGAUAAGGGACAAGAUAAACACAAGAACUCGAAUUAUGUUCAGAUUUCCAUCGAGUCUUACACGCAUUUGAGUGGAUUGGAAAAUCAGGUGAAGACGUAUGAGGAACAAGUGAAAGUAUAUGAAGACCAAGUAAAGACCUAUGAAGAUCAAGUCAAAACAAUGGAGGAUGAAAUUAAUGAACUUAAUGAGAAAUUCUCGACAGCUAAUUCGGAGAUAACUACCAAGGAAGAACUUGUCAAACAGCAUGCUAAGGUGGCUGAAGAAGCCGUUUCAGGUUGGGAGAAGGCGGAAGCAGAAGCUCUGUCGUUGAAGAAUCAUUUGGAGACUGUAACUUUAGCAAAAUUAGCAGCAGAAGAUAGGGCUGCCCAUUUGGAUGGUGCUUUGAAAGAAUGCAUGAGACAGAUAAGAAAUCUGAAGGAAGAGAAUGAUCAUAAGCUUCAAGAACUUACGCUAACGAAGAACAAGCAGUACGACAGAAUGAAACAUGAGCUGGAAACAAAGAUGGCUAGCUUGGAUCAGGAGCUCAUGCAGGCUGAAAGCGAGAGUGCUGCUCUUUCCAGAUCAUUGCAGGAGCGUUCGAACAUGCUUAUUAAAGUCAAUGAAGAAAAGUCUAGAGCUGAAGCAGAGAUUGAGCUCUUGAAAACCAAUGUUGAAUCUUGUGAGAGGGAAAUUAACUCGUUGAAAUACGAACUUCAUAUCGUCUCCAAGGAGCUGGAAAUUCGUAACGAAGAAAAGAAUAUGAGUGUCAAGUCUGCCGAAGCAGCCAACAAGCAGCAGAUGGAAGGUGUGAAGAAAAUUGCUAAGCUAGAAGCUGAGUGCCAAAGAUUACGUGGUCUCGUACGAAAGAAGUUGCCUGGCCCUGCUGCACUGGCCCAAAUGAAGCUAGAAGUAGAAAGCCUUGGUAGAGAUCAUGGAGAAACUCGUAUGAGAAGGUCUCCAGCUAGGCCUGCUAGUCCUCAGUUUUCAUCAAGUCCCCACAUGUCUACGCUACCUGAAUUCUCGCUUGACGGUUCCCAGAAUUUCCAAAAGGAGAAUGAGUAUCUAACUGAGCGGCUUUUGGCCAUGGAAGAAGAGACAAAGAUGCUGAAAGAAGCAUUGGCGAAACGCAACAGUGAAUUGCAAACUUCUAGGAGUAUUUGUGCCAAGACCGCUAGUAAACUUCAAAGUCUGGAAGCACAAGUACAAAUGUUCAAUACACAAAAGGGUUUUACAAAAACUGAAAUCGUUCAAGCUGAGCGUUCUUUUAGUCAACAUGCUAGUAAUCCUCCAAGUAUGACUUCCUUUUCUGAAGACGGUAAAGAUGAUGAUACAGUUAGUUGCGCUGAGUCAUGGGCUUCCACACUAGUCACCGAACUAUCUCAUAAUAAAGAUAAGAGCAAGGAUAAACAUGUGAAAACUGAAAAUGGAAAACAUUUGGAACUUAUGGAUGACUUCGAAGAAAUGGAAAAACUUGCCCGUUUAUCUGAAGAUUCAAAUGGUUCGAUGUCCAUUGCAGACAGUUCACCCAGUAAGGUUGCCCAUGCUGAUGUUAACAGUGCAAUGAUGUCGUCGAAGCAAGUGCAUGCAUCAGAUUCACCAGCCAAACCUUCCGCUUCGGGAGAUUCAAAACUUAAGACGGAACUAUUGCCUUUGAUGAACUUGCAAUCAAGAAUAUCCAAGGUGUUUGAAUCUGUCUCAAAGGAAUCUGAUGUUGUGAAAAUUUUGGACGAUAUUAGACAUGUUGUGCAAGAGGUGCACGAUACUCUUAGUCCAAACUCGAUAAACUGUGUCUUUGAGGAGAAGCACUGCUCAGAUGGUGAUGCUGAUCAGCAAGCUGUACCAGAGGCUGUUGUGGCUACUGCAGAAAAGGAAAUUUAUUUGUCUGACAAUGGAAAAUAUGAGAAACUAAAUGAAGAUCAAGCAGCAGCCUUAUCUCAGAUUCACAAUUUUGUAUUGUUCCUCGGGAAGGAAUCUCGAGCAGUUCACGUUGUCUCUGAUGAUAAAGAUGCACUAGGCCAUAAAGUUGAGGAGUUUUCAAUCAUCUUCAACAGAGUAAUGUGCAAUGAAAUCAGCCUUGAAGAUUUUGUUUAUGCGCUCUCGGAUGUGAUGGCCAAAGCUAGCAAACUUAGCUUUAGUGUCUUGGGCUACAAGGGUAAUGAAGUAGAAGCGAACAGUCCUGAUUGUAUAGACAAAAUUGCAUUGCCCGAAAACAAAUCACUCCAAAGAGAGAGUUAUCUUAAUGGCUGUGGUCAUAUCUCUGACUGUUCCUCAAAUCCCGAGGUUCCUCAGGAUGCUAAUGUUAUGUCAGGCUUGGAGUCACGGUCAUACAAAUGCUCAAUAGAAGAAUAUGAACAGCUGAAAAUGGAGAAAGACAGCAUGGAAAGGGAAUUGUCGCAAUGCUCUCAAGAUCUGGAAACAGCGAAAUCUCAGUUACGAGAAAUGGAGAAACAACUGGUAGAUGUCCAAUCAGAGCUGGCAUCUUCCCGGAACAUGAAUAGCUUGGCUGAGACUCAACUUAAAUGCAUGGCAGAGUCAUACAAGAUGCUCGAAAAACAAGCUGCAGAGCUACAAAAUGAUGUCAAUACUUUGAAGUCGAAAUUGGAAUUUCUGGAUAAUGAACUUGAGGCUGAAAAACUAAAUCAUCAAGACACUCUAGUCAGAUGUAAAGAUCUCGAAGAACAGCUACAAAGAAAUGAGGAAUGCACAGUGUGCUCUUCCGCUGCUGAGGUUGAUGAUAGAACCAAACAAGAAAAAGAACUAGAGGCUGCAGCAGAGAAACUAGCUGAGUGCCAAGAAACCAUAUUUCUUCUUAGCAAGCAACUGAAAACCAUGCGUCCCCACUCGGAAUUCAUGGGUUCUCCCAUCAGUGAGAGGAGCCAAAGAGGUAAAAGCCUCGAUGAAGAAGAGCCAACUAUAAGCAGGAAGAAUACGGAUUUGGAUCAUGUUGAGAUGGAUGCUGCCACUUCCACUCAUCUAUCACGGCUAGGUUCUGGUUCACCUUCGGAUCUCUACAACGCACCAUUUAGUACAUCAGACAGCGAAGGAAAUAUCCUGAGAUCACCCAUUUCGAAAAAUGCAAGGCACAGACCCACCAAGUCUGGAUCUUCCACUUCUUCCACUCCCACACCGGAAAAGCACUCGCGCGGUUUUAGCAGGUUCUUCUCAUCAAAGGGUAAGAUCGGCUAUUAAACUCCAACACGACAGAAAACAUAGAUCUUGGGUUCUUCUGCAGGUUACAAUAUUCAACUCACUUACUCAUUAUAGUUACUUCUGAAUCUUGUGUUGAAAUUCAGAUUGAUCUGUUGAGUUCUUCCAAGUCCUAGUGAAUAUCAGAGGUCAAAAUUUUUACUAGUUCUCCAUAUGUGAAAUAGGGUUCAGAAAAUCAUACUUGAAGUUGGCCAUGUUCUUCAUAUGGAUGUUAAAAUUUUGUAUGAAAUUGCUGUAUAUGAUGUUUACACCCCAAAAUUCUGAGAUUUUAUGUAAUCCCUCCUUCACUCACCCUCAAAUCUAACAAGCUGUAAUGAUUGGUUCAGUUUCAGACUGUUGAAACUGUAAGAAAGUUGUAUUUGAAGUGUUUGCCUUCAUGUCUUGUAUGCUUAUGUUGCGCAAAUGAAUACACAUGAAAGUUUUUUAGUA